AAACUUCCUUAAAAACCGGAAUAAAGCGGAGCAUCUCUUCCCAUCUCUCUCUCUCUCUCUUAUAUUCUUCGAUUUUUUUAAUUUGCAUUUAUAAAUAAUAAUUCAAAAUAUUAAAAACAAAAGCUUCACAUUCUCUCUCUCUUUUUCCUCAUCUCUGUUAACGAAAAGAGAAACCGCCAAAUCUGGCGCGUUUCGGAAACCUUGAUGAGAGCGUUGAGCAUUAGAAAGAAAGAAGGGAAACCCUGAUUAUUCUUCAAAUUUAAUCACCACAUUCGUAUUAUUUGCAGUCAUACCCUUCCCUUUCUUUCGCUCUUAGUCUUUUUUUGCUCUUUGAUGAUCGUUGUCGUUGGGAAGAGCGGGGGUGGCAUGUGGCGUAAAUAAGUGAUGAAGUCGAGAGCAGAGUCGUUGUUGCUGUUGUUGAGUCCAUGAUGGGCGUAGCUAAGAGCGUGGAGGUUUAACGCGAUAUCGGCCAACCUGGCGCUGUUACAGCAUCCUAACGGCAGCGUUCUAAGCAACAAGCAUGUGUGUUACAGGUGGCGAUCCUCUGCGACGCAGCAGAGGAAGCCGAUCUCACGGUCGCUCGUCUGUGGCUUGAUGCUCUUCUGCUUAGGCAUGAUGUCGCUCUUUACUGGACACGUGGCUUCUGAUCUCGAGCGGUAUUCUCAACAACUCAUGAAACGAAGCCCCUAUUUCAAAUUGGAUGGAAGUAACAGAGGACCGAUUGAUAUAUGGAAAUCUGAAUAUGCAGAAUACUUCUAUGGAUGCAGCCAAAGAAGUAGUCAAUUUUCUCAUGCUAUACAUGAGCGAUCAUCAAAUGGUUAUUUGCUUAUUGCGGCAAGUGGAGGACUGAAUCAACAAAGAACAGGAAUAUCAGAUGCUGUAGUUGUUGCACGGAUUCUGAAUGCAACCUUAGUGGUACCUGAGUUGGAUCAUAAUUCCUACUGGAAGGAUGAUAGCGACUUUGUCAACAUUUUUGAUGUCAACUGGUUCAUUUCUUACCUUGCAAAAGAUGUUACUGUUGUCAAAAGAGUUCCGGAUAAAUUCAUGCGAUCAAUGGAAAAACCUCCGUACACUAUGCGUGUUCCAAGGAAAUCGCCUCCAGAAUAUUAUCUAGACCAAGUUCUGCCAAUACUUAAGAGAAGGCGUGUCCUGCAACUGACAAAGUUUGAUUACAGACUGGCCAACAACAUUGAUGAAGAGCUACAAAAGUUGCGUUGCCGGGCUAAUUUUCAUGCUUUAAGAUUUGCAAAACCUAUUCAAGAACUUGGACAGAAACUUGUCAUGAGAAUGCGUGAGAUGGCAAAACGUUUUAUUGCAGUCCACUUGAGAUUCGAACCUGAUAUGUUAGCAUUUUCUGGUUGUUACUAUGGUGGAGGGGACAAGGAGAGAUACGAGCUUGGAGAGAUACGAAAACGAUGGGAAACAUUACCAGAUUUAAGUGCUGAUGGAGAGAGGAGGCGAGGUAAAUGUCCACUUACUCCUCAUGAAGUAGGAUUGUUGCUGCGGGCACUUGGUUUUGCAAAUGACACGUACAUUUACCUUGCAUCUGGAGAAAUAUAUGGUGGGGAAGAGACUCUGAGACCACUGAGAGAACUCUUUCCAAACUUCUAUACAAAGGAGAUGCUUGCUAAUGAAGAGCUGAAACUUUUUCUUCCAUUCUCUUCUCGCCUUGCUGCCAUUGACUACAUUGUUUGCGACGACAGUGAUGUUUUCAUCACCAAUAAUAAUGGAAAUAUGGCCAAGAUUCUUGCUGGUCGAAGGAGGUACAUGGGGCACAAGAGGACCAUAAGGCCAAAUGCCAAGCGGCUCAGUCCCUUGUUCAUGGAAAGGGAUCAGAUGGAUUGGGAUACCGUUUCCGGAGAGGUGAAGGCAGUUCAAAGAGGAUUCAUGGGAGAGCCAGAUGAGAUGAGACCAGGACGAGGUGAAUUUCAUGAAUAUCCAUAUUCUUGUAUCUGCGAAAAACCACUCGGUGCUAUUGUAGGCAACAAGAGUGGAGAUCCUCAGUCAGAGGAAAUCAAGGAUUGAGGAAGAUGAGCCAGUUUUAGGAAGAAAAUUUCCUAAGUGGAAAUAACAAUGCUGCAUAUUCUGAUUUCAUAGCCCCAGAACAUGUUUUUCCAUUGAUUGAUGAUGAUCUAACAUAUAUGCUGCCUCUGCCUGACUAUAGUGCCAUCUUUGUUUACGGGCGGAAAAUUUGACAGAACAUGCUAUUUGAGUCACAAACUGCUUUUUAUUCUUCUCAGUUUCUCCGGUUGGAUC